AUGCAUUUUCUGGGAAAAUUUGUAGCUUUCUUUCUCUUCCUGAUAUGGGACUUGUGCUCAUCUGGAAACUUUGCAGUACAAGCUUGCACGUUCUAUGUGAGUAACAAAUGUCCAUUUCCUAUAUGGCCUGCUACUGCCCCAAACAGUGGCCAUCCAGUGAUAGCCAAAGGAGGAUUCUAUCUACCACCGGGAAACAUACGAAAAUUCCAGGCCCCGGGAGACUGGACUGGUCGCAUUUGGGCAAGGACGGGCUGCAGUUUCAACUCAGACUCAAAUCAUAAGCCUGCCUGUGAAACAGGCGAUUGCGAUGGACAACUCGAGUGCGAUGGAAUCAUAGGCCUUCCUCCGGCGACACUAGUUGAAUUUGCACUGCAGGUCGAUAAGAGCAAGCCAAGUUUCUACGAUGUUAGUAUAGUCGACGGCUAUAAUCUCCCAGUUUCCGUUGAUACAACGACGUUAUCGAGAAAAUGUCACAUCGGAGGGUGCUCGAAGAAUUUGAAAAGCAUGUGUCCAGAUGAGCUCCAAGUAGUGAAUGGUCAAAGAAAAGUUGUGGCUUGCAAGAGUGCUUGUUUGGCAUAUAAUCUUGAUUCAUUCUGUUGCAGGAAUGAAUAUGGCAGCCCAGAAAAGUGCAAACCUAGUUUGUAUUCGAAAUUGUUCAAGGAUGCUUGUCCCUCUUAUUCCAGUUAUGCCUUUGAAACACCAUCUCCAUUGGUUAAUUGUGUUUCUGAUGAGUAUGUUAUAACUUUCUGCCCAGAUAGAUGGGGCCGUGAACAUAUGUCCACUUAA